AUGCCUCUUGUUAACAGCGUCUCCCUGGGGAAGCACCUCCUGAGCGGGAGCUCCUUGAAGAAGGGAAUAAGCGUGAGCGUUAGAGGACGGGCAGCGAACGCAGGGGCGAACGCGAAGCAAGCUGGAUCGGCAUGGAAAAAAAAAGAUGAAAAAAAUAAUGAAGAGGCAGGAGAAGAAGAGAAGGAAAAAAAAAUAGACGACGAGUCGUUCCCAGAUUUGUUGGAGUCAACAGAAAAAAUAAAAUCAGAAUUGUCAAAAGAUAAAGAUAAGAAAAAAAAACAAUUAAAAGAUUUUAAAAAAGGAGAUGAGAAUUUUUUAAAUAAUAAUCCCGGCUUGGAAAAAAUGAAAAUCAACGGUUUCCCUGAAAAGAAAAAAUUUGGAAUGAAUAUGUUUGACGGCCAAAAGAAAAACGAGAAUAACCAGAAGAAGUGGUUUGAAGCGUCUGCUGAUAUGAGUGCAGGAAAUAAUAAUGUGCAGAAUGAAAACAACGAGAAGGUGGUUAAGAAUGGUUAUAUUAUGCCCGGGUUUAAGGGGAAGCAUAUGAUUGGCUUCAGGUGUUUUUUAAAGCGUGGGUUGCAGAACCCUCCUCCACUUCCUCCCACGACAUUACCACAGGAAGAAAAUUUCUUCUUGGAAAAUAUUGAAAACAGGGGCGGCAUGCAAAAGAAAGGUGCUAGGAUGGGGCAACAGAUGGGGCAACAGAUGGGACAGCAAAUGGGUCAACCGAUCAACAUGCAAAUGAAUAACCCUAUGAAUAAUAUGCCACCAAAUAUGCAAGGAGGUAGCAGUCAGCAGAGGAAUAAUCAGAACACCUUAAUGACCAACUUGGAAGGUGUAUUAGAACGGGGAGGAGGUGACCCAGGAAAUAACCGAUUCGCUGCCAUGGCUCCACAAAAUAAUCAACACAAGUUCAAUGACAACGGAGGAAAUGUGAUGAAGGGAAAUAAUUUCGGUAGGAGUGGAAAAAAUUUUGCACACAGUAACAACAACAAUAAUAUGCUUAAUGUUGACGACAUGAUGAAUGCUAAGGGGACUAAUAACAUGACCGCGGGGCAGGGGAACAAUUUAAAUCACAUGAGGAGAAAUGAAAAGAGAGAGGACAGGAACUUUAGGAGAAGGGACAUAGAUACUGAAAGCAACUGGAGAGUCGCCAGUUCCGCUAAUAGGAACCCCACGGGAGGAGAGGCGGACAAAAUGAGUAUGGGGGGUAAUAACAGCGGGGGUGGUAAGAGUGUGAGGGGGUUCAACAAUGCCGGCGGUGGGGGAAGCGGCGUGAAUAUGGGCGGGAUGCCCCCAAAUGGCAUGAACCAGAACGGGAUGGGCCCCAACGGGAUGAACCCUAACGGCAUGACAGGCAAUUUGGGGAACGGCCAAAUGUCCAACAUGAAUUUCCAGGGUGCGGCAAACAUGACCGGAAAUAACCAAAAUAUUUUUAUGAAGAACAAUGAAGAGGCAAGAAACAACAAUGGCUUCAAGGGGAACAUUCUAAAUAGCAAUAAUGAGGAGAUGGGGAACAGGGCCUUCCAGGGUGGUUUAAUAAAUGUAGGAGAUAAUGGACAAGGGGGUGUGAUGGGGGGGAACGAAAUGGUUGGGGAAGGCUUUGGUAACAUGGCCGGUUUUGGAAACGCGAACAACGGCAACCAGAAAUUUGAUUUUAAUAAAAAUGCCUUUGGAGGAAACUUCGGUUCGGGUAACAAAGUGAUGCACUCCAUGGAUCUGAGAAAGGCCAGGAUGAGGGAGAUGAGAAACAUGAAUGAGCAGAAUAGCAAUGUAAAGGAGGGAUAG